CACCUGCCUUUAGUCUUCCAUGAGCUCUAGGAGCGUCGGGCUGUCAGAGGUGAAGCUUGAGAAAGUGCGCAGUAAUGCCCCGUCACCACGAUCACCGCCACCACCACCACUAUCUUCUCUUCCUCCUCGUUCUGUCAGUUUCUCCUUCGCAACCCAGUGACUCAGAUAAUGGAAACUGCCGGUACUUUGAGGGUGGCGAUAGUCCCGUGUGUGUGUGUGACGCUGACCGCUGCCCUCCCAUUCACCCCGUCGAUGUUACCAGGCCUUCUGCUGGCCAUGUCGUCACCUACACCUCCUCCAAGGAUGGCCUGAGGUUCCAGGAACAAGUUGUGGUUGUCCAUGGGCCUGGAAGUGAAGGCGGGAAGAGUGGGAGUAGUAUGAAGGCGGUGGUGGAGGUGGCGUGUCUCUCCCCACGCCAGGUCAUGAAUGGGUUUGGAGGUUCCUUCACCGAUUCUGCGACCAUCACCAUGAACUCCCUAUCUUCCCCUGUCCGUGAUGCACUUCUCAGGUCAUAUUUUUCUUCUGAGGGCCUCGAAUAUGACCUGGUCCGCGUACCUAUUGGCGGCUCAGACUUCUCAACACGACCCUACACAUAUAAUGACGACCAUGAAGGAGAUGUGGAGUUGAGACACUUCCAACUUGCUGAAGAAGAUCUCGUUCAUAAGCUGCCACUUAUUCGCCGUGCACUUGGCCUGGCAAGGCGCCCACUCAAGAUCUUAGCCUCACCUUGGUCGGCCCCAGCGUGGAUGAAGACCAAUGGCAAGAUUAACGAGACGGGAGAACUGCUUAAAGAGAUGCGGGGCGCCUGGGCAAACUACCUUGUGAGGUUUGUAAAGGAAUACGAGAAGGCGGGAGUUCCAAUCUGGGGCAUGACUUCGGCAAACCAUGGCUUUACAUAUGAAAAAACAUCCUGGAACUCCAUGUCCUGGAAUCCAAGUGAUAUGAGAGACUGGAUAAAGGAAAAUCUUGGUCCCACUAUCCACUCUGCGGGUUUGGAACGAGUCAAGCUGUACAUUGGCGAUGACACAAGGCACAAUGUUGAUAACUUCUACAGGCAGAUUCUCCACGAUCCAGAGGCAGCAAGAUACGUGUCGGGAUUGGCUUUUCACUGGUACAGUGACAAAUCUGUGGGUCCCGAUGUCCUAGAUCACGCUCACCUCCUCUUCCCAGAGCAAGACGUACUGUACACGGAGGCCUGCAUUGAGUCUGGUGGUGUUGCCUCCCACCAACCAGUUGUUCUCGGCUCCUGGGGCAGAGCGGAGAGGUACGCCCAAAAUAUCAUAGAGGACGUAAACCACUUUGCGUCAGGCUGGAUUGACUGGAAUUUGGCACUGGAUUCUACUGGGGGGCCAAACUGGGCCGGCAACACUGUGGAUGCUCCUGUCAUCAUCAACACGGAGAAAGACGAGUUCUACAAGCAGCCAAUGUUCUAUGUCCUGGGCCACUUCAGUAAGUUCGUGCCCGCGGGGAGUGUGUCCAUUCCCUCCUGGGUUCGAAAAGACACUGCAGGUCUGCUCCACACCGCAGCUUUCAUACAUCCAGACGGUCAUAUUGUGCUUCAACUACUUAACAAGGAUGACAGAGAGAUGGAGGUAAGAGUGGAAUGGGAAGGAGGAGAUUUCACCCACGCCGUCGUCCCUGCUCGCUCUCUCCAGACUCUCCUCUUGCCCUGGGAUGGCGACGCCAACCACGCUAAGAGGAAAUAUUUUUUGUAAAGGCAUCUUUUAUAAAUCAUAGAUAUAUAAUAUAACUGACAGAGUGAGUUCGCCUUGAAUUGAGGGUUAUGAAAAAAGUGCAAUGUAUAUACUUUUUUUUUUUUUUGUAAACUCUGGAACUCACUCGGUGUUUCCGUUCUCCCUCCUUCCAAGUACUCGAUGUGUUAACUAAGGCAACAAGACACGCGGUACUUUCAUGUGUUCGUAAAAAAAUAACUUUCUUCAUAUCGAGUGUUUUUUCAUCAUUGGUUUGCCCGUAUUCUGAAGCGUAUUGUUUUCUCACCACGACUAUUUAAAAAAUCCAGAAACAUGUGUAGUCCAGUUCUUAAGGAGGCAAACCAUUUAUAUGGUCGAAAAAAAAAAUUAUAAUUGGUAUAUGACUUCGUUAGGCCUAUCUGCAUCUUGUGCACCACCCUGCCAGGUACUAUAUCGUAAUGGGUUUUAAAGUUUAAAUACGUUGGGAAUUUAAACUUAUGUCACUUAUCUUCUUUUUUCAAACUCAAAUUCAAAAUAUUUUUUGUUGAAAAACAACAAAGGAGAGGGCUGGAUCAUGCCAGCCAACCCCCAUGCUUUGUGUGUAUAAAAUUAAUGUAGAGUACAUUUUCCUUUUAUCAAUAGAAAAGUGCAAAAUUAUAA